AUGUGUGCGCAAGUGGAGCAGCGAAUGACGCAAGACAACCACGAAGGGACGAAAAGUCAAGAAGAAAUUAUGCAGGAGCAGGAGGCAAAAAUUCGAAGCGGGGCCGUUCACGACCUUGUUUCAGAUGCGCCACUGAAUUAUGCCGCUGCAAGGACGCCUGAAGCGUGCUACGAGUGGCGGCAAACUAGUGGAACACCCAAGAAAAUCGACCGCACGUCGCUGCUGUACGCCCUGGCCAACCUGAAUCGCCACACUGAGCAGCUGCCGAUGGAUCUGUCCGUACCCCGGGACGACCCGCGCUCCGGAGUGGAGCUGCGAAGCAAGGCCUCGAAGGAAUGCGGCGUUCUGAUGAAUGACCUAGCAGGCGGGUUCAAAAGCGCUGAUCUGCUCCGUCCAAAUGGAAAUGCGCUAGCCGUUCCUGCCGGCGUCGUUUUGCCCGAGACCAGGGAAAUCUUUGAAUCGCGGCAGCGAAAUUUGAUCGCAGCUUUUGUCAAGUGGUACCCGCUGGCAAUGCAUAAAAAUAUCGCGGAUCAUAAUUUUACGCCGGAAGUAGAACAAGUUGGGCACGGCCCACGUGAAGCUCCUUCUUCUUCUUCGCAAACACGGAAGGACACGAAUUUGUCGUGCUUCAAUUUGUUCAGCUACAUACCGCCGCGCUCCUUGCUUUCCUGUUCCUAUCUGGACAUGGACCUCACCAAGAUGGCUCUCGGCCAGAAAUUUACGGAACAGCCGAAGACGCUAGAAGUGGAACGGGAGGCAAGUUCCGAUGAAACUGCAAGAACUACAAGUUGUAUCACGGACCGGAGUGUCUUUUCCAAGCAAGCGGAGGACGUUCAUCUCUCCGCACAAAAUCCGUACACUGUUGGUGUUGCAGAACAAGCCGCAUCUACUUCGGUAGUAGAAGAUAACGCAAACGACCCUUCAGUCACGACUUUCCUGUGCGGUCAGCGACCCGCACUGUGGACGCUUUAUCCUCAGUAAAAACGUAGUACCCACACCAGAGUCAGGAUGGGGAUUUUGCAACACAAACCUAGGAGUUUUGUGAGUCACACAUGACAAGUUGCACUCUGCAGUGUAGUGCAGGUUAGCAAGUGCAGCCGCAUCACAGAUUCAUCUGCUGAUCCUGUUCACAGCAUCACAAAUUCCAAAACACGAUUGGAAAUGGCUCUCAUGGGGAUGCGCAUUACAAGUCUUCCUGUCUUUGCAAAUCUGCAUUACAGCUCUGGUGUGGGUACGUUUUUACUCAGAUACGCUUUUGCAAGGGCUCUACUCGGAACCGACCUUGAGUUUAGCGGUGGUAAAGAGGUAUGCAUUGCAAAAGUAUCGUACGUAGUAUCUAUAAAUUGCAUAUACAAAUUUUAUCAGAAAGAAUAGUGGAAUUUGUAAUGCUAAUUCAGGUAAAAAGGUAGGUUUGUCAUGCAAGAUUGCAAUUAGUACGAGUGCGAUACUUUUGCACAGGAUAAGAGGCUGCUGUUGGCAAAAAAGCCUCGCCGGCGGACUGCUGCAGGUGGUACUACCACGACGUAUGCAAGAACUUCUACCACGUCCUCGAAAGGCCAAGCUGCAGAGAACGGCGAGCAGGACAGUCUGUUUCUCAUUCCGCGAGUCUGUUUAAACUACGUACAGCUGAGCGACACGGUGGCAAUACGACGGGAGAAUAUCAAACACAAACAGUGUUUCGAGCCCGACGAUUCUCGUGGGAAACGAGCGGUAGAACCAGACGGACUCCUUACCGAGGAUGACAGAUUGUGGCUUGGAAGGGCACAAGCGCUCGACCCGAAGGUGGGGAUCACGGUGACGACGCCCUCCAUGGCGGGGCCGGGAACCGCAACGCACAGGAUAGAGGACUUGACUCCUCGAAGUUUUACGCACCAACUCCCGCUUCACACUCUGCCUUUAUCAAAUGCAAAAAUGUCUGGGUCUGGAAGGUUGCACCUUGUGAUGCUAAUUCUGGAUCAUGCAAAAAUCUGUGUUGCAUGAAUGCCAAAAGUUGUCCACUUUUGACGGAGCUGAGAGGAAGUUUCUCAUGCAGGAUAAGUAGGCAUGAUAGGAAUCCCACAGAAUCUGUCAUGCUAGUUCCUGCAUUCCAGAUGACAUGGAUCAUGGAAAAUCUGCAUGACAAGUUUCGGAAUCUUCCAGACCCAGACAUCUUUGCAUUUGAUAGCCUUCGCACUACACUCAUGUCCUGUUCGGAAUUCUACACUUGUAAGGAAGAGGACCGGAAAUAUUGUCGUGCUGGAGGCUGUGCUGGGAAAAAGUAUGGGAGACAGAGGCGCGUCUAGCCCUAGAACAUGAGUCUGUAGCUAGACUCAGUCUAAGAGUUGAUCGUGAUCAUCUCGUAAAAUAAAGAAUGCCUCGCAAGUAGUAGGAGCUACUCCUACUUCAAUUUUUACUUUUUCCGUGCGUGCCGGUCCAGGCAUGAGAAUUGCAAAUUUGCAGUCGAUAAGCUGAUCACUCUUGCGCACGUAAACAAAAUUAAGAGGCAAAGGCAGCAGCAGGGGGCCCAGAGCGGAGGCCUCACGACCAGUGGCACAAGAACUGAAUUACAAUCGAGCCGCGACCAGCACUCCCAACAUGAUGAAAGAACGACAGAAGCGAACCAGCCCUCUCCAUUGGAAAGUGAGUUUAUCGAGAUUUUGCGAGUAUGAAAUGCAAAAAUGUCUGGGUCUGGAAGAUUCCUACAUUUGUCAUGCGUGUCUGACAUGACUCAAGAAUCUGUGAUGCAUGGGCACGAAGCGGUCCUCUUCUCUGUGAUGCAAACACGCAGUUUGCCAUGCGGAACACGUAACACAUAGGAGCCCAAAAAAUUUGUCAUGCUUGGCUCCGUAUUGCAGUGGAACUCUCGUUCACUUUUAGCAUCACAAGUUUCCAGACCCAGACAUUUUUACAUUUGAUAGCGAGCACGCGAAAGCGACCUGGAUGUUUGCUUCCUCAAAACCGCAAACCUGGGAAACCUGCCCGGCGCGCGCACCGUGAGUGUGGCUGGAAACUGCUUGGAGCACGACUUUCUCUGGUGCGUUGGGUUGGAGGUUCUGGAUAUCAUGCUGCGCAGGGCACAAAUCCAUGCCGAGGUCGUGGCGGAGGGCCUGCUACGUCUUGAGCAAACAAGAACAAAAAUGUCGAUGCGUGAACAAGACGAGCAGGGUGGUGACGACAGUUCUGCCGAAGGUAAAAUUCAAGCAAAUACAAAUGCAACUACAGCUAAACAUAUGGAGCAGCUGCACGACAACAACCACAACAUCGCGCAGCAUUUCGUCCAGAUGAACAGGAUUUUGGACGCUCUUGUAUCAACUGUAAAAAUGUCUGGGUCUGGAAACUUGUGAUGCUGGGUGGCGUCUCAUGAUGAGGCUACAAAUGCUGGCUCAGCAUGACAAGUGUUUGAGCUUCUAGGUGUUGCCUAUUCUGCAUGACAAACUGCUUCCUGCAUCACAGAAAAAUGGAGCUCUUGGGUAACGUGCAUGACAGAUGUAAGACUCAUGCCAGACAAGCAUGACAAACAUGCAUUCAUCCAGACCCAGACAUUUUUACAAUCCAUAUCUUGUCUGGGUCAGCAAAAUGAAUACCUCUUCGCAGGAGGAGCGUGAUCCGAGUGGCACGCCGUUUCCGAUUGAGAACAGCUUGCUAUCAAAUGCAAAAGUGUCUGGGUCUGGAAACUUGUAAUGCUGCAUUGGAAACAGUGAAUGCUCUGUAAUGCACCACCAAGCAUGAGAAAUAUCUGCGCUUCUUUGUGUUGCGUUUUUCGCAUGACUGCAUGACCGGCAAAAGGGUCUCUUGGACACGCAUGACAAACUUUUUGGUCAUGCCAGACAAGCAUGACAAAUCUCGCAAUUUUCCAGACCCAGACACUUUUGCCGCUCAUACUUGCCGAUGUUCAGCAAGAGCGGCACGGGAACUGCUGGGACGACCGCCAAUCGCGAUUUCACCCUGCAGAAACACGCCUGUGACCGGAUCCGCAAACUGCGGCUCAUGCUGCAGGACCGGGAAAGUGGAUUGCCAUUGGGGUUCAAAGAACUCUUUGUUCCGGACGAGGAGGGCUUUUUUGACGCGGAAGGUGAAAAUGGGGGUCGUGUUGCAAGAAAUGAAAAACAGCGAGGUGGUAAAAGAAAAUUGACGGCGUCCUGUUCGAUAUCCUGAGCCGUCGCGAGGCGGACGCGGGGGUUUGGAGAUUUCAGCUGGACAUCGAAGGUCUUCGAUGAACUACUGUGAUUGAUGCGAGAAUAAAGUAUCGAAAAAAUAAUGAGAAAAAGGAUGGCACAACCGUCAAGAAGAAAUACAAGGGUUCCGCCUCGGCUCCUUCGUACGUCGUGUUAGAAUAGAAAUGAUCACUUCAUCAAAUCCAAAUCGAUCUCCCG